GGCGGCUGCAUACGAGGGGCCGGUGUGUAUUGAGAACGGCGGAGAGGGGGACCAGAUGCGCGGUACGGUGCUGACAAUCCGCCAUUCGCGCACUUUUUACCGAGACGCCGGUGAGCUAACACAGAGUCAUCCAGCUUAUUUCAACGCCAGAACUCCAGUGAAAAAUCAAUCGCACAAACAUGGGUCUCCCUCGUGUAUUUUUCGACAUGACAGCCGACGGCGAAACCGUUGGACGCAUCACGAUGGAGCUCCGCGCGGACGUGGUGCCGAAGACGGCGGAGAACUUCCGCGCACUGUGCACCGGGGAGAAGGGUUUUGGUUACAAGGGCAGCACUUUCCACCGUGUUAUUCCCAACUUCAUGUGCCAGGGUGGUGACUUCACUAACCACAACGGCACUGGUGGCAAAUCUAUCUACGGCAAUAAGUUCGAGGAUGAGAAUUUCCAGCUGAAGCACACCGGCCCUGGCACUCUCUCGAUGGCUAACGCUGGACCCAACACCAAUGGGUCCCAAUUCUUCAUCACCACCGUCAAGACCACUUGGCUGGACAACAGGCACGUCGUCUUCGGCACAGUCGUUGAUGGUAUGGAUGUGGUGAAGAAAUUGGAGAGCAUGGGCUCUCAAAGCGGCAAGACUUCAAAAAAAAUCGUGGUCUCCGACUGCGGUCAGCUCAGCUAAGCGACGAAACUCUCGUCUUUCUAUCCGCAAAUAACGGGAGGAUUUCCAACUGUCAAGCUAUAGAAUCAAGCCUUUUUCACGAGAUGAUAUACCAAAAGUUGGAGAUUUAAUGUGUUUUCCAUUCCUUCAGCUAAAUAUUAUAUAAAAAGUAAUAUUUCUCCGUGCAUUUUUGUCAAGAGGAUCAAAUGCUGUCUUUUUCUUUUCUUUUUUUUUUAUGUUUCACAUUUUCUACUCAAAACUACGUAAACUACUGUGUAGUUUCAGCCAAUAAAUGGAUAUGUGUGAAAACUAA